AUGCAGCAAUGGAUACAUUUGGAUGAAAAAUGGUUCUACAUAAAUCUAGAGACAAGAACAUUUUUUUUGCUACCCACAGAGGAUGAUCCAUACAGGGCACAACAAUCAAGGAGAUUCAAGAUAAAAGCAAUGUUCAUGGGAAUGAUUGGGAAGCCUUUAUUUGAUGAGCAAAACAACAUGAUACAUGAUGGAAAGUAUGGUCUCUUUCCUUUUGUGAAGUAUGAAAUGGCCAAAAAGAAAAGCAAAAACAGAGAUGCAGGAACUCUUGAGACUAAGGCACUUCAAAGUGUGACAAAAGAAUGCAUCAGGGAUAUGCUGCUCACACAUGUCAUUCCAACAAUCUAUGAGAAGUGGCCAGAACAACUACCAAAGGACAUCAUCAUCCAAUGGGAAAAUGCAAGACCUCACCAAGUUCCAAAAGAUGAAGAUUUUCAGGAAGCUUGUCAUGCACAUGGAUUCAACAUUCAAUUCAUUUUUCAACCAGCUCAAUCACCAAAUGUUCUAGAUUUAGGUUUGUUUAGUAUCAUUCAAUCACUCCAAUACCAAUCAUUCCCAAGGAAUCUAGAUGAGCUCAUACAAGAAGUUGCUAGAGCUUUUGAAGAGUUUGAUCUAGUUUCGAACAAGUACACAUGGAUUACACUACAUUCAUGCUUGAUUAAGAUUCUAGAGAAGCAAGGUGGGAACAACUUCUCUCCCCCUCACAUGAAGAAGAGAAGUUUGGACAGUCAAGGUCUACCACCACAGUUAUUAGAAGUAGACAGGAAUCUCAUUGGUCAAGUUGUUCAAUUUUUAGACUCAGUCACAGAUACAGGUGAUGAUCAAGGACACAUGGAAGUGGAUGCAGACUGA